AUGGCGCGGUUGGCUGCAGUGGCCGCGGCAGUAACCACACUACUGGUAGCGGUGGCGGGAACCCUCGGCCUGGCGUUUCUGGUCCUUGUGCCGCGCGAAGCUGGAACGUGGCACGACAGCUGCAAGCACAUGCGGCAGCAUCACCAUGGGGAGUUGAGGCUGCAUCGUUUCGUGCUUAUGCCACGCCCUCCUCCCACACCGGCCCCUUCCUUCCUUCCUCCCACACCGGCCCCUUCCUUCCUUUCUUCCUCCCACACCGGCCCCUUCCUCCCUUCCUCCCACACCGGCCCCUUCCUUCCUUCCUCCCACACCGGCCCCUUCCUUCCUUCCUCCCACACCGUGCCCUUCCUCUUUCUCCUACCCCUCGCAGCUGUCGGAGAACCUUCUUCCUCUCAGCCGCCGCUCUUCUUCAUGCACCUCCUCUUCACCUUGCACCUGCUCUUCACCCUGCACCUGCUCUUCUUCCUGUAG